AUGGCAGAUGGGUUGAACGAAGCCCGGGCUUUGCGCAUUGCCGAGAUAAUGACCGACUUCCGCAACCUCCAGCACUACAUCGCGCAGAUUGAUGCCCAGCCUGCCAGUGAGGAAUACUGGCUGGAAGGUUAUACUCUCCUUCGAGGAUGCCUAGAGCAAGCACGGGACGUGCUUGAGAGUCCGUAUUCCACCGACGCAGCCCAGGCUCAGUCCGAAAGUCUGGAGAAGGAGAAACAACAAUUGCAAGCUAUUAUCCUCGAUGCCGCAGUUCGUCGAUUUCAAUGCCAGAAACUCUAUCUCCGAGCCACCACCGCACUCCGCUGGAUCAAUGCUCGAUAUGCGCUCCUACAAGGCGGAAAACCUCAUGCCAGCCACGCUCCCCACCUACAAGCCGUGGAUCAGCAGCUACAAGCAGAACUUGCAGUCAUCACAGAUGAGCGUGUCGAUUACUCUCUUCGGGCCCAGGAUGCUGCUCAGGGGAAAUGGUUAGGGGAGGAUCCUCCCUUGUCUACUCUGCGCAGGUAUCUGCGGCGGAUGUCGUAA